AUGUUUCUUAAUUUGAGCGUCGUGUUGGGCCUGGCAGCUGCCUGUCUGGCCGCUCCGUCACAGCCUCCCUACGGGUACUCUCCUCCUCCCUCCUACCAGUCUCCAGCUCAGUACAACUUCGACUGGGUCGUGAAGGACGACUACUCCGCCAACGACUACGGCCACCAGGAGUCCCGCGACGGCUACAACACCCAGGGGUCCUACUACGUGCAGCUUCCCGACGGUCGCCUGCAGAAGGUCACCUACCACGUGGACGGCGACUCUGGCUACGAGGGACAAGCUCAGUACCAAGCCCACCAGCCUUCCAAGUGGGGCAAACUGUGGGCUCCAUUGGGAGGGCGACUGCCACAGGAUGGAAGCGGGAGUUACACUAGGUACAGCAGCCGCCAACCUAGUGUGAAGCUUAUAGGACAAAGCCCAAGGGAACAUACGGUUUCAUUUGGGCAGGCUUAG